CGCGUUAUAGCCUUCAGGGAUUAUCCUAUGUUGGGCCUAGUCUCAAGGUAACCCACUGGCACCGGCCCAUGCCCAUGUUGCGCUUAUGUCGCCACAGCUAGCACCGUCCCCGCACAGGGACACUUCAACUAGAAUGAAAUUGACGUGCAGGAUGCGGAGGGGCCUGAAACUAGAACCUUCAGAUGUUAAUUGACCGGUCUGUACACGACGUCACAUGGUAUACAAUGUACAUAUGUAGUGUUGACGUUUUAGGUGCGUGCUACAUUUUUGGCCCUCGGGAGCGCUGGGUCGGGUGAAAGGUGGGUGGCCCGUUUUUUAUCAUGCCACGCACCGGAAAUCUUGAUACGAACCCACUAGGUACCAAUCCACAAAUUCAGGUCUUGGCGGAUCGACGACUUAAACUAACACCCACACCCAAGUCCACACUACGUAUAAGUACCGGAACAAUGGCUACUGUCGAAAUCAACUCGCCAAUGGCUACUCUAGAUUCUUCCGCUAUCUCCAACAUCGCUGCAUCCUGGUUGGAAAACUUCUCCAAGUUUGCCGAACUAGGAGAUGUAGACGGCAUCGUAUCAUGCUUUCUUCCCGACGGCUGGCUUCGUGACGUCUUGAUCUUUAAUUGGAGCAACCGCACGUUCAUUGGCCAAGAGAAGAUCAAGGAUCAUCUUGCUGCAAAUUUCGCUGCAGCCAAGGUAUCCAACAUCGCCCUUGACAAGCGUCAAUACUUUACUCCCGAGCUUGCUCAUGUGACCCCGACUCAAACUGCUGUCGCGUCAGGAUUCACGUUCUCGACAGCGACGGGUGAGGCACGAGGAUAUUUCCAUCUUCUACCUGAUGCCCAGGGCGUAUGGAAAGCUCUGGCGGUGUUCAUGAUUCUCGAUGAAAUCCAUGGACAUCCUGAAGAGGGCCCUGAGCUUGGGAUCUACGGAGACCACACCUUGUCCUGGGACGAAGUUCACCGAAAGCGCAGAGAAGCGGUGGAGAAAGACCCAUAUGUCUUGAUCAUCGGCGCUGGACAGACCGGCUUGAUCCUUGCCGCACGUUUCCAACAGAUGAAUAUGUCCACCCUUGUCGUCGAAUCCCAUGCACGCGUCGGUGAUAACUGGCGCGUCAGAUAUCCUACACUUACUUUGCAUAGCCCCAGGUCCCAAUUUCAACUUCUAUACCAACCGUAUCCGAAGAACUGGCCGAUCUACGCAUCACGAGAUAAGGUAGCGAGUUGGCUCGAACAAUACGCCACCAGUCAAGACCUUAGUAUCUGGACAAAUUCACGCACAUCCGGGACCCCCACAUACGAUCCCGAAACCAAAAAGUGGACUGUCGUCAUCGAUCAUGCAGGAACUCCCACCACCGUACACCCGUCCCAUAUUGUCACCGCUUUUGGAAUUCUGGGUGCCCCCCUGGUUCCCCACGUUGAUGAUAAGGAGGUGUUUGAAGGCCGGACGCUCCACGCCGCUGACUAUCCUGGAGGUAAACCCUUCGUUGGCAAGCGUGUGAUCGUUGUCGGCGCAGGCAACUCGGGAGCAGAUAUCUGCCAAGAUCUUGUCACCCAGGGCGCGCAAUCCGUGACUAUUGUCCAGCGCUCCUCAACUUGCGUUGUCGCGAAACAUCCCAAUUACACCAACAACUUGCUCAAAGUUUGGCCAGAUGGCGUUCCUGUAGAGGUCUGCGACUUCAAGUUCCAGGCUCUGCCUCUCUUAUUGCGUAAACGGAUCGCUGCCUCCCAGGCGGAUGCAAUAGCAGCGGCCGAGAAGGACCUGCAUGAUGGGCUGAAGAAGGCGGGUCUUCACAUCAACAUGGGUGACGAUGGAUCUGGUCAAUUCCCUAUGGUCUUCGAGAAAUCUGGCGGAUUCUGGAUUGAUGUUGGAUGUGCGGGGCUUAUUUCAACGGGCCAAGUCAAAGUCAAACACGGCGUUGAGGUUAAGCGCUAUUUGAACAAGGGUGUAGUCUUCACCGAUGGCUCUAUGCUGGAUGCCGAUGUUGUGAUUUGGGCCACUGGUUAUCACAACGUCAAGGAAACUAUCAAGUCGAUAUUUGGGGAAGAAGUCAUCAAACACACCGGAGAAAUCUGGGGGCUCGACGAAGAGGGUGAAUUGAAAGGCUGUUACAAACCGUCUGGGUAUCCUGGAUUAUGGUUUGCAGGUGGUGAGUUGGGCAACUCUCGAUUCCUCUCUAAGCGCAUGGCGCUCGAGAUGAAGGCUAUCCAGCUCGGUCUGAAACAGUAGGCGUUGUUGUAUAGUAACUUUUAUGUCAUCCAUAUGUAUAGCUUUCGGGGUUUCCGUUGGAUCCAUUAGCCAUUCAAUCAUGCUUCCUGGAAGGCAAUGACAAAUCUGUCUUGCGUCGCG